AUGCAGUACUAUUACAUAUACAAGCUGUAUUCCCGCUUGUACUGCGCCCUUGUUCUCGCUCACUCUCUGCGCGAUGCGCACACGACGAAGCAGCUGGCCGUCCUGGUCACGCUCGACACCGUCUCGGCUGCUUCGGUAACCCAGCUCAAGACCGUCUACGACCAUGUCAUUCCCGUCCCGAGGAUACAAAACGCCCACCCGGCAAACCUGCAUCUCAUGAACCGCGGUGAUCUCCACUCGGCCUUCACGAAGAUCAAUCUGUGGAAGCAGCUUGAAUUUUCCAAGAUUGUCUACAUCGACGCCGACGUCGUCGCUUACCGUGCCCCCGACGAGCUAUUCGCCAUCGAGGACCCCUUUGCCGCCGCUCCCGACAUUGGAUGGCCCGACCUGUUCAACACGGGCGUCAUGGUCCUCACCCCCAACAUGGGCGACUACUACGCCAUGAUGGCCAUGGCCGACAGGGGGAUCUCCUUUGACGGCGCCGAUCAGGGCCUCCUCAACAUGCAUUUCCGCAACGACCACCGCCGCAUUAGCUUCGCUUACAACGUCACUCCCUCGGCCCACUACCAGUAUAUACCCGCCUUCCGUCAUUUUCAGUCUAGCAUCAACAUGGUUCACUUCAUCGGCCCCGACAAGCCCUGGUUUUCUGGGAGGCACGCGCCCCAUGGGAACUCGCCCUUUGAUGAGAUGGUUGGGAGGUGGUGGGCCGUGUAUGAUAGGCACUAUCGAAAGGUACACGAGGCCAUACCGCUCAGCAUUCGGCACCGGCUAACAGAUCAUGCAACGUACAGGAAUCCCCGGCAGCAGUGCCGCGAGGGCAUCACGCACCGGCUACCGGCACCCACGAGCACCCAGGACAUCACCCUCCAGGCUGCUCUGUUCGCCUCGGAGCGCGGUCUUGCCGGAGUCGGCAAGCCUGAGCUUGAGGAGCACGCUUCCGAGCCUUCCGCCCCGUCGAUACCGCCCCGUCAAUAUACUCAUACUGAGCACCGUGCUGAGCAGCACCAUGCUGAGCAUCACGCUAAGUCUCCUCCCCGAGCACCAGUCAUCAUGGAGGAGACUUGGGAUGCGCAACGACGGCCCCCGCCGGCCGGUUCGAAACCCGAGGCGAUCGACCUCCCAUCUGCGCACUACCCAAUGUCGCGCGACGUUGCGCCCUUUGUCGCCCCGCCGAGGUAUCCCAGCCCUCCCAAGGAUAUGUGGUACGAGGUUCCAAAGGAGCCGACCACGCCUGCCGAACCACCUAAACCGAUGUUUCCGUGGGAGAACCGACGGCCGCCUCCCACACGGACAUUUGCCGGCCAAGAAGAGCCGUCUUCUUCUUCUGCGGAACGAAGCGACCCCGUCUCGGAGCAGGAGCACACUGCGUCUUCAGACAGAUCCGGCAAAGCGCCGUCUACGCCGACAAAGGAGACACCCAAAUCCCCGGAGCCCUCGGUUGGGCCCUGGUCAUCCUUCCAGCUCAACAACGCGUGGGAUCAGGUCCCCCAGAUUGGCCGCUACGUCGACAGCCUGCAGAAGCACCGCCGUGUGAGGAGCCUGGGCCCGAACGCGGCGGAUGUCUCUUCCCCUCAGCAGGGAGCCGCCUUCCCGUCGGGUGCCCCAAGCCUCCAACAUCGACGGAUAGGCGGCUUCAAGCUGACCGACUUUCCCACCGAGGCCGAACGCCCAAGCCUGCCCGUCACCCCAGCACCCAUUGGCCGAUCAUACUUUUGGGGUCAAGAUGAUGACCACGGCGACAGUGGGGGUGGCGGCGAACGCAGCUUGAGCGGGCAGGGUCAGAGGCCGAGUGGUUUCGGUGCUGGAAUGACGGUGCUUCCACCAGCCGAGGGGGUUCCAAACCAGUCCGACUGGGAUCCAGAGCUGCAGCUCCAGAAGCUCGCCAAGCAGCAGCAUGAACACAUCCUCCGAAAGUUGAGUGGCGACUCUGCAGCUGCUCAAGCAGGGGGGAGAGAGAUGGCGAUUCCCAACCGUGAGAUGCCAUUCGGGUCCGAGGAUGCCAGGUCACCGACGUAUAGUUCUCAGAUGGCGCCUAGGUCUGGUGCUUCCGGUGCUGCCGCCACCACUGCAGCGGCUGCGGGAGUGACGGAGACGACGCCCUUCUCUCCUUCCAUGUCCUCUACUACCGCCGCUUCGCCUGCUGCGGAUGCCGGUGCCGGUGCCGGUGCCGGUGCUGCGGAUACCCAAGGCAAGGCUGUACAGUUUGGCUUCACGACGGAGGAACACGUAGCGGGGGAGAGGGGAAGAAGAGUCGGUAACCUGUACGGUUAG